GCAAAAUUGUUACGUCAGCUCUUUUUUUCGUGGGUGUUGCAGCAGCUGUAUCAAAAGUGCAUGCAAAGCAUGCUAUUUUAUCUUGUAUAUUAAUAAAUAAAUUGAAGUGAAUUCGUCAUUAUGAGUGAAAGAAAGGGUACUUUCAAGGUGGAAUAUCUGCAAAAUAUUGAGCGUGUUGCACAACAAAAAUGGAAUGAUAUGAAAAUAACUGAGGUAGAUGCUCCAAGUCAUCCCAAAAAGAAAAGUGGUGAAAAGUUUCUUGCCACUUUUCCAUUUCCUUAUAUGAAUGGUAGACUGCAUUUAGGACAUGCGUUUACAUUAUCAAAGUCUGAGUUUGCAGUAAGAUACAAUAAAUUGUUAGGAAAGAAUGUACUAUUUCCUUUUGGUUUUCAUUGUACUGGAAUGCCUAUAAAAGCUUGCGCUGAUAAAUUAAAACGUGAAAUAGAAACUUAUGGUUAUCCACCCCAAUUCCCUACAUAUGAUGAUGAGCUUUUCGAAGAAGAGUCAAAUGAUGUAAUUAUUGUAGAUAAAAGUAAAGGAAAGAAGAGUAAAGCAGUAGCAAAAGCUGGUACAGCCAAAUAUCAGUGGCAAAUAAUGCAAAGUCUUGGACUUAUUGAUGAAGAAAUAAAAAAUUUUGCUAAUGCUGAGUACUGGCUCGAUUAUUUUCCACCUCUUGCUGUACAAGAUCUCAAGGCAUUUGGUUUAUUUACAGACUGGAGGCGUACAUUUAUAACUACUGAUGCAAACCCAUUCUUUGAUUCUUUUGUAAGAUGGCAAUUCAAUCAUCUUAAAGAAAGAAAUAAAAUCAAUUAUGGUAAAAGAUAUACCAUUUUUUCACCAAAAGAUAAUCAACCUUGCAUGGACCAUGACAGAUCAUCUGGAGAAGGAGUUGGACCUCAAGAAUAUACAUUAAUCAAAAUGAAGAUGUUAACACCAUACCCAAAAAAAUUACAAAAAUUUUCAGAAAAGCCAAUCUUUUUAGUAGCAGCUACCCUCAGACCAGAAACAAUGUAUGGUCAAACUAAUUGUUGGGUUCGUCCAGAUAUGCGCUACAUUGCUUUCAUAACUGUAAACAAUGAAAUCUUCAUAUGUACUAAAAGAGCAGCAAAAAAUAUGUCAUGGCAAAAUAUUACAGAAGAAGAAGGUAAAGUUCAUGUCAUAGCAGAAUUAGUUGGAACUGAUGUUAUGGGAGUAUCUCUGAAAUCACCAAAAACAUCUUUUGAUGUAAUUUAUACCCUGCCUAUGCUUACUAUCAAAGAAGAUAAGGGUACUGGUAUUGUUACAUCUGUACCAAGUGACUCCCCAGACGAUUAUGCAGCACUUGUUGAUUUGAAGAAGAAACAACCACUCAGGGAAAAAUAUGGUAUUAAAGAUCAUAUGGUUUUACCAUAUGAACCAAUUCCAAUUCUUGAAAUCCCUGAACUUGGAAAUUUGGCAGCUGUUAAAGUUUAUGAACAACUGAACAUUCAGUCUCAAAAUGAUUCUGCAAAAUUACAGCAGGCCAAAGAAAUCGUUUACUUAAAAGGUUUCUAUGAGGGUGUACUUCUGGUUGGAGAAUAUAAGAAUAAAAAGAUUCAAGAUGUUAAGAAAGACAUCAGAGAUGAUAUGAUCAGUAAGAAUGAAGCUGUAAUCUACUACGAACCUGAAAAAACCAUUAUAUCUCGUUCCGGAGAUGAGUGUGUAGUUGCUCUUUGUGACCAAUGGUACUUGAACUAUGGGGAACCUGAGUGGCGAAAGGUGACUGAAAAAUCUCUAGAAAAUUUAGAAACAUUCCAUGACGAAGUGAGAAAAAAUUUCCAAGCAUGCCUUGAUUGGCUUCACGAGUAUGCGUGCUCAAGAACUUAUGGUCUCGGUACUAAGUUACCUUGGGAUCAACAGUGGUUAAUUGAAUCAUUGUCAGAUUCAACUAUCUAUAUGGCGUUUUACACUGUAGCUCAUUUGAUUCAGGGAAAUAGUUUCAGAGGAAACAAACCAAAUACAUUAAAUAUUAAAGCUGAAGAUAUGACUUCUGAAGUGUGGGAUUAUAUUUUCUUUAAGGAUGCAAAGCUGCCCUCACCUAAAACUUGCAAAAUUUCAAAGCAAUCGCUUGAAUUAAUGAGACAAGAGUUUCAAUACUGGUAUCCAGUCGAUUUACGUGUCUCUGGAAAAGAUCUUAUUCAAAACCAUUUAACAUUCUUUAUUUAUAAUCACACUGCCAUAUGGCCAAAUCAACCAGACAUGUGGCCUAAGGGAAUUCGAGCUAAUGGUCACCUCCUUCUAAAUUCAUCUAAGAUGUCAAAGUCUGAGGGUAACUUUUUAACGCUUAGUGAAGCAAUUAAACAGUAUUCUGCCGAUGGUACUCGUCUAUGCUUAGCUGAUUCAGGAGAUUCUGUGGAGGAUGCUAAUUUCGUAGAACGCACUGCUGAUGCUGGUAUACUCAGACUUUAUACAUUUAUUGAAUGGGUAAAGGACAUUGUGAUUUCUGCGCCAAGUUUAUUCCGUAAAGGAAAGCCCAAUACAUUUAAUGAUCGAGUUUUUGAUAGUGAAAUUAAUUUAAAAAUAAAAGAAACAGGUGACAAUUAUGCAAAGAUGCUUUACAAGGAAGCAUUGAGAACUGGAUUCUAUGAAUUCCAGUCAGCUAAGGAUAAAUAUUUACAAUUAAGUGCUUUAGAUGGUAUUAAUUAUGACUUGUUGAUGCGAUUCAUUGAAAUACAAGCAAUCCUGUUAACGCCGAUUUGUCCGCAUGUGGCAGAACAUGUGUGGGCUUUAAUUGGAAAGAAAGGCAGCGUACUAAAUGCAAGCUGGCCUACUGUAGGUGAAAUUGAUAAAAUUUUGAUUCAGUCAUCUCAUUAUUUGAUGGAUGCAGCUCAUUCAUUUAGAGUACGCUUAAUAAAUCAUACAACGGUAAAAAUAAAAAAGUCACAAAAAGAUUCUGCAACUCCAAUAGAAAAACCAACUUGUGGUGUAAUUUACGUUGCUAAAACCUGGCCUAUUUGGCAGAGCUUAGUUCUCACAAUCAUGAAAGAAUUGUAUACUAAAAACAAAAACAGUCUUCCAGAAAACAAAGUUAUUGCUGCUGAACUAGGAAAGAAAGCAGAAUUGAAAAAGUAUAGUAAGAGGACUAUGCCUUUUGUUCAAAUGACAAGAGAGAAAAUGGCAAUCGUUGGUAUUGGUGCUCUUAAUUUAACAUUAGAUUUUAACGAAUAUGAUGUACUGAUUGGUAGCAAGGAAUAUCUUCGUAAUACACUUGAUCUCGAAGAUUUAGAUAUCAAAUAUGCAGAUGAAGCGGAUGAUAAGACAAGGGAAGAAUGUUGUCCUGGUGCUCCAUUUAUUGGUUAUUCUGUAAAACCAGGUGUAUUUUUAAAGUUUGUAAAUCCACAAAUAAGUUAUGCUUUAUUUGAAACAACUCUUAAAGUAAGCCAAAAUGAAACCGCAAAACAAGUUAUUUUCAAACUUGCAAAGAAUAAAAGCAUAAAGGAUGUUACUACUAUUGCAUUGUACAUGUAUAAGGAUCCUGUAAUGGGACCUCGAUCAAUUCCUACAGCCGAAAAUAUUUUAUUGAAUAAACAAAAAAUACCCAACAAUGCAGUAUUUUUAACUGACUUAGAAAAGGGAACUGUCAGUGUGAGUAUUGAAAAUAAGACUUAUCAAAUAGGUGAAGAAGUUAUUUAUUUUGUGGAAGUGUCGAGUUGAAGCUCAAAG